AUGGCUUCGCAAGCGUUAGCUUCGCUCACAGCUACCUACACAGACUCAGAAGGUGAAGAGGAUAUGGAAGAUGGACAACAAACACCGGAAAAAGAUGAGGUCAAAGUAAUGCAACCAGAACUUAGUAGUCCCAAGAUAGUGGAAGAGGUAAAACAAAGCGCAUCGGCGCCUGCCACUCCAAAGAGGAGACUUGUUUCUUACGUAGACGACACAGUUGUUUCAGAUGAAGAACUGUUAUCUCCUACUGCAGAAAGCCAAGAUGACAUGAGAAGAUUAUCAAUGGAAACUGACACAGAUGAUGCAGUACAACGCUCUGAUGCUGAUGACUCUCAAGAUGGAGUUAUUAUACCUGCUGAACCGCAAGGAAAGUGUCCAAAGGAGCUACAGGACACCAUAGCAAAGUUCUAUAAUAGAAUGCUCACUGAAGGUUUAGAUAUGAACAAAAUUAUUCAAGAUAAGAAGAACUUUAGGAAUCCAAGUAUAUAUGAAAAAUUGAUCCAGUUUUGUGAUAUAAAUGAAUUAGAUACAAAUUAUCCACCUGAGAUAUAUGACCCACUAAGAUGGGGCAAAGAAUCUUAUUAUGAUGAACUAGCUAGGGUACAAAAAUUAGAAAUGGAAAGACGGGAAAAGGAAAAGAAGGAAAAAUUAUCAAAAAUUGACUUUAUAUCUGGAAAGAAAACUGACAGUGAUGAUGAAAAGAAGAGGAAGUCUAAAUGGGACCAGGCAGCGCCUAAUGUGGGGUCAAAGCCAACCAUUAAGCAGCCUGGACUGCUCCAACAGCCCUUGACCUCCAAUGUCACUGGAACCAAGGGAACAGUUAUCUCAGCAUUUGGUUCUAUAUCUAAAAAACCAAAAAUCUAA